AUGCAGAUACUCAAAGAAAGAGAUGCUUUUCUAUCCAAUUUUGAGGUUGAACAACAUCUCAAUAAUAUAAAACAGAAAUAUAACUGGACUUUUACAGAAGAAGAUGAGUUAGAGCUAGAGCAUCGUAUAGAUAAGGAUAACACCGAAGAUCAUGGAUUGCAUAAACGAAACAAUCACAAGCAAAAACACAGAUUCACUGAAUGUGGUAUAGGGCUAGAGAUAAUAACUAGGGAUGUGCUAGCAUUAAUGAGAAAUAACAGUGCGUGUGGUGAUAUGACGGUUGACAAGUUCGAGGAAUUGAUGCAAUAUUUAAAUCAAUUUGAAUUGAUGAAGAUUGAAAAACUACAGAUAAUUAAUCAGUUGCCGAAAACUAUGCCUGUUUUGUAUGCCAUAGUAGAGGAAUGCGAGGAAAGGUUUGGAAGCGACGUUCCUGAAGAGAUUUUGAGUAAGAUUAUGGAACUAUUCCCCUCUGAGGAGGACGAGGACGAGGAUGAUGAGGAUGAGGAUAAUAAUGAAAAAGAAGAAGGAGUAGAUGAGAGGGGCGAGGACGAGGGCGAGGACGAGGAAAUGAUCGAGGAGGAGGAGGAGGAGGAGGAGAGAAACUCAUAG